AUGAUUCGGUCUGCCCUCGGUAGCCUCCAGUCCGGCCAGGAUAGUGGCUCUUCUGUACUUGAGUCCAAGGACAUCCCUGGUCUAGCGAAGUACAUGAAGUCUAAAGAAUGUCACAAUGUCUUCGUCAUGCUCGGCGCAGGAGUCUCAACCUCCGCUGGUAUCCCGGACUUCCGCUCGCCAGAGACAGGUCUAUACGCGAACCUUGCUCGCCUGAAUCUCCCGUACCCUGAGGCUGUCUUCAGCAUCCAGUUCUUCAGACAGAAUCCACAUCCAUUCUACGCUCUUGCAAAAGAGCUCUACCCGGGCAAAUACCGGCCCACCCUCUCGCACUCCUUCGUAAAGCUCUUAUCAGAUAAACGGAUGCUCCGGACAUGUUUCACCCAGAAUAUCGAUACGCUGGAGCGACGUGCAGGCGUCCCCGAGAACAGAGUCGUCGAAGCCCACGGCAGCUUUGCGAGCCAUAAGUGCAUCGACUGCAAGGCACCUUUUGACGACGAAGAGAUGAAACUUCACGUCGAGGCAGGAUCGAUCCCCGAAUGCGUCAAGUGUAAUGGACUAGUGAAGCCGGAUAUUGUGUUCUUUGGAGAGUCACUGCCAGAGUCGUUCUUCACGAAUAUAUUCCGUCUACGCGAAGCCGAUCUUUUGAUCGUGAUGGGCACAUCGCUAGUCGUUCACCCGUUCGCGUCUCUAGUUGACAGAGUACCGGAGACAUGCAUCCGGGUACUCAUUAAUAUGGAACCCGCUGGAGAUAUUGGGGAACUUGACAACGAUAUCGUGCUACUCGGCAAAUGCGACGAGAUAGUCCAACAGCUCUCCGCAGAGUUGGGAUGGUCCGAAGACUUGAAAGAAGCGUGGGCCGCGACGGCGAACUCCGUAGAGUCUGAGGACAAGCCGGUCUCUGAAGCGCCUGCUCAAACUUCCUCUGGUGUUGAUGAUUCCGCCACGAAGCAGGAUCUCGAGGAUGAGGUGGACAAGCUCGCAGAUGCUGUCGGCGCAUCCUUGACAACGAAGGAUGAUUCCGAGGAGCGCCCGACGAAGUCUACAUCACUGGCCGACGGGGAUUCGCCCACUGAUAUAAGCCAAGCGAAACCCUCAGAAGUCUCAAGCGCCGCCGAGCCCGACACUAACGCGACCUCACUCCUCCCGGCUGAGAAUGAUAAACCACAGGGCUCGGACACUAAGCUCUAG